AUGUCUCAGUGGAAUCAAGUUCAACAGUUGGAAAUCAAGUUUUUGGAGCAAGUAGAUCAGUUCUACGAUGACAAUUUUCCUAUGGAAAUUCGGCACCUGCUGGCACAGUGGAUUGAAAACCAAGACUGGGAGGCGGCUUCUAACAAUGAAACCAUGGCAACAAUUCUUCUUCAAAACUUGCUAAUACAAUUGGAUGAACAGUUAGGUCGCGUUUCCAAAGAGAAAAAUCUGCUCUUGAUACACAACCUAAAAAGAAUUAGGAAAGUCCUGCAGGGAAAGUUUCAUGGAAAUCCAAUGCAUGUAGCUGUGGUUAUUUCAAAUUGCUUAAGGGAAGAGAGGAGAAUACUGGCUGCAGCCAACAUACCUGUCCAGGGACCCCUGGAGAAAUCCUUACAAAGUUCUUCGGUUUCUGAAAGACAGAGGAAUGUGGAGCACAAAGUGGCUGCCAUUAAAAACAGUGUUCAGAUGACAGAACAAGACACCAAAUACUUAGACGACCUGCAAGAUGAAUUUGACUACAGGUAUAAAACAAUUCAGACAAUGGAUCAGGGCGACAAGAACAGUGUCCUGCUGAAUCAGGAAGUUUUGACUUUGCAAGAAAUGCUUAACAGCCUUGACUUUAAGAGAAAGGAAACCCUCAGAAAGAUGACGCAGAUAGUGAACGAAACGGACUUGUUAAUGAGCAGCAUGCUAACAGAAGAACUACAAGACUGGAAGAGGCGGCAGCAAAUCGCCUGCAUUGGCGGUCCACUCCACAACGGGCUCGACCAGCUGCAAAACUGCUUUACACUGUUGGCGGAAAGCCUUUUCCAACUCAGAAGGCAACUGGAGAAACUCGAGGAGCAAUCCACCAAAAUGACCUACGAAGGUGAUCCCAUCCCCAUACAAAGAGCACACCUGCUCGAGAGAGUCACCUUCUUGAUCUACAAUCUUUUCAAGAACUCUUUUGUGGUUGAACGACAGCCGUGCAUGCCCACCCACCCACAGAGGCCAAUGGUACUCAAAACCCUCAUUCAAUUCACUGUAAAGCUAAGACUACUAAUAAAGUUGACAGAGCUAAACUAUCAGGUAAAAGUUAAAGCAUCAAUCGACAAGAAUGUUUCAACUCUAAGUAACCGAAGAUUUGUUCUUUGUGGAACUCAUGUCAAAGCUAUGUCCAUUGAAGAAUCUUCUAAUGGGAGUCUGUCAGUGGAAUUCCGACAUCUGCAACCGAAGGAAAUGAAGUCCAGUGCUGGAAGCAAAGGAAAUGAGGGCUCUCACAUGGUGACGGAGGAGCUUCACUCCAUAACCUUUGAGUCGCAGAUCUGCCUCUACGGCCUGAACAUUGAUUUGGAAACCAGCUCGUUACCUGUGGUAAUGAUUUCCAAUGUCAGUCAGUUGCCGAAUGCGUGGGCGUCCGUCAUCUGGUACAACGUGUCAACCAACGGUCCCCAGAACUUGGUUUUCUUUAAUAAUCCCCCAUCGGCCACUUUGAGUCAACUCCUAGAAGUGGUCAGCUGGCAGUUUUCAUCGUAUGUUGGUCGCGGCCUUAACUCAGAUCAACUCAAUAUGCUGGCAGAGAAGCUGACAGUGCUAUCUAGCUACAGCGAUGGUCAUCUCACCUGGGCCAAGUUCUGCAAGGAACACUUGCCUGGCAAAUCAUUUACCUUUUGGAUCUGGCUUGAAGCAAUACUGGAUUUAAUUAAAAAACACAUCCUGCCCCUUUGGAUUGAUGGGUACGUCAUGGGGUUCGUUAGCAAGGAGAAGGAGCGCCAUUUGCUAAAGGACAAAAUGCCUGGAACCUUUUUAUUACGAUUCAGCGAGAGCCACCUUGGAGGAAUAACGUUCACCUGGGUGGACCACUCUGAGAACGGAGAAGUGAGAUUCCACUCUGUAGAACCCUACAAUAAAGGCCGGUUGUCUGCUCUGCCAUUCGCUGACAUCCUCCGAGACUACAAGGUUAUUAUGGCUGAAAACAUUCCAGAAAACCCACUGAAGUACCUAUAUCCUGACAUUCCCAAAGACAAAGCCUUUGGUAAACACUACAGCUCCCAGCCAUGUGAAGUUUCAAGACCAACAGAAAGUGGAGACAAAGGUUAUGUUCCUUCUGUUUUUAUCCCCAUCUCAACAAUCCGAAGCGAUUCAACUGAGCCACAUUCUCCAUCAGACCUUCUUCCCAUGUCUCCAAGUGUUUAUGCAGUGUUGAGAGAAAACCUGAGUCCCACAACAAUUGAAACAGCAAUGAAGUCUCCAUACGCUGAUGAAUGAUAGCAUAAGCUCUGACACUUCAAAGACAGAAGCAAAUGAAAACGUUUAAAGACUGAUAGUUGCCAACAACCAAGUUCUAUUUCUUCAGCUUUGUGAAUAUGGAUUUCCAGGACAUGGUUGAAGCCAGAAGCUCUUCUCUCUGACUUUGCACUCCGCAAUCGGGAGGACUGGGAUUGAAAUGUUAAAAACCAAAG